AGUGAAAUUUAGCCAUUAUAUAUUUAUAUAAAUUUGGUUUGCUGAAUCUGAGAAUUUUCUCAUGCACAUGCUGUCUUACUGUUGAUAAUGGAGCUGAUGUACCUGGUGAAGAUGAGCAAAAAGAUGUUAGAGAGAAGCAUUGAAGCAAGGUCAAGUCACACACACAGAACACGACGAAGAAAUGUCAGAGGUGGAGCAACAAGCUCCUUUUCCAUCUAAAUUAUGGUAUUUAUAUAUUAUAGUUUUGCUAUGAUUUCUUUUCAUCUUAAAAUAUUGUGCUUUAAUGUACACCAGCAGACUGAUUGUGAACGAGAAGCAGCUGUUUGCCUUAUGCGAAAGUAUACUUAUGCGAAAUCUGUUUUGCUAUUAGUCUUCAUCUUCUCAAGAACUAUAUCUAUAUUGAAGCAGACAAGGAGGCCCAUGUCAAUGCUAUUGUCGGUUUGUCAACCCUAUUUGCAAACAAAAAGAAGGGUCGCUUUGUCAAGGGUGAUGCAGUUAUUAUCGUCAAGGGAGAUGGAGAAAGUUUACGACGAGAAUGUUCAUAUUACACCUGAAAUGAAGGACCUUCCGAGAACUAUUACAGUCAAUGAGAAGGAGCUUUGCAAGUAUUUUGCUCCAGAUAAUCAUGUGAAGGUUGUAUCUGGUACCCAAGAGUGUGCAACUAAGGUUGAGCAGCACGUUCUCAUCAUUUUGUCGGAUACAACCAAGGAACAUAUCCGUGUUUUUGCUGAUGAUGUUGUGGAAAGCUCUGAAGUGACCACGAAACUUGGAGUUGAGCUCCUGUCGGAAUGA